CCAUGUGGGCUAUACAAAUGGUUAAGCUCAUCGAAGCAAGGAGAUAAAAACUCAUAUCUAACUCGAUUUUAUAUCAUGAUGUUGGAUAAGAUCUUAUUCAAGUCAAGAGAGCUCUCUUUUUUUCUUUUCUGUUUUUUCCCCUUUAUAAAUAGUUGCUGUCAUUGUUCUGUUUAUUGUUUGGAAGGGCAUCCAAUAAGGCAAGAUCAAAUUCAGAAUUUCUUUUCUUCAUUAAAAAAUGGUUGCUGUGUUCAACAAAGAGCUCUUAAGUUGGUACCUUAUCACUCUCAAACUCAGAGAAACAGUCGAAUCUGCGGUUCCAACAUCACCUGCUGGUGCCCCAUUGCUAGAAUCUCCAGAACAACCUCAACAGGAGCAGAAAAAACAACAGCAGACACCAUCAGAUUCCCUGCAGAUUGUGAUCGAAGGUGAUGAAGAAAAUCAUGAAGAUCAUGAGGAAACAAGAUCACCAGAUUUUGACUGGGUGAUAUCUAUCAAAGAAAAACUUAAAGAAGCUGGCCAAGAAGAUGCAGCAGGUUCAUGGUCAAAGUUGUCCAUCUAUCGAGUCCCCCGCUACCUACGAGAGGGGGAUGACAAGGCUUAUGUCCCCCAGAUCAUUUCCUUGGGGCCUUACCACCAUGGAAAGAAACGUCUUCGCCAAAUGGAUCAACAUAAGUGGCGUUGCCUUCAUCGUGUCAUCAAGCGUACUAAUCAAGAUAUAAAGCUAUAUCUUGAUGCUGUAAGAGAAAUUGAAGAGAAAGCUCGAUCUUGCUAUGAAGGGCCAAUCAAUCUUAGCAGCAAUGAAUUUGUGGAGAUGAUGGUUCUCGACGGUUGCUUUGUGCUUGAACUGUUUCGAGGUGUCGCUGAGGGAUUCAAGAAACUUGGUUAUCCUAGAAAUGAUCCUGUUUUUGCAAUGCGUGGUUCAAUGCAUUCUAUUCAGAGAGAUAUGAUAAUGUUAGAGAACCAGCUUCCACUGUUUGUACUUGAUCGGCUUCUGGGUCUUCAGUUUAACAAUUCUGAUCAGAAAGGAUUGGUAGCCCAGCUUACACUCAUAUUCUUCGAUCCUUUGAUGCCAACAGAUGAGCCACUGACAAAAAGCGAUAGGAAUAGAUUGGAGUCCUCUUUGGGACGUGCCACUACCUUCGACCCCUUGUCAGAUCAGGGAGGCCUUCAUUGCCUUGAUGUCUUCCGAAGAAGUCUCCUGCGCACAGGGCCUAAACCUGUGCCCAGAAAUUGGAUCAAGCGAAGGUCAAAUGCCAACCGCGUUGCUGAUAAGCGACGCCAACAAUUGAUCCAUUGUGUCACUGAGCUCAGAGAGGCUGGUAUCAAGCUCAGGAAACGGAAAACUGAUCGAUUCUGGGAUGUUAAAUUUAAAAAGGGGAUUCUCCGAGUUCCUCGUCUCUUGAUUCAUGAUGGUACUAAAUCACUUUUCCUCAAUCUUAUUGCAUUAGAACAGUGCCAUAUUGAUUGUGGCAAUGAAAUUACCUCUUUUGUGAUCUUCAUGGACAACUUGAUUAACUCCCCUGAGGAUGUAGCCUACCUCCAUUAUUGUGGCAUAAUUGAGCAUUGGCUUGGCAGCGAUGCUGAUGUUGCAGACCUCUUCAACCAACUCUGUCAAGAGGUGGUUUUCGAUAUAAAUGACAGUUACCUAUCCCGAUUGUCUGAGGAUGUAAACCACUAUUACAAUCACAAGUGGAACACUUGGCGUGCUAGUCUGAAACAUAAUUAUUUCAGCAAUCCCUGGGCAAUCGUCUCAUUGUUUGCUGCUGUCGUGCUGUUACUACUCACUUUCGCACAGACCUUCUAUGGAGUUUAUGCUUAUUACAGACCAAGUUCUUGAUUGCAGUGAGGCUUUCUUGACUCUUUGUUUGUUUUUCUUGAGUUGCAGUUUCUGAAUUAAGGUUUUCGGACAAGGAAAGGGUUUUUUUAUGUACAAUAUCCUAAUCUCCCUCAUCCUUUGAGGUGAGGAUUGUUUGGCCUCAAGGCUUUGAGUUUUUGGCAUUUCUUUGUAUGAAUUUAUUAAUAUACAGAAGUUUUCUGCAAUAAAAAAGUAGAAGCCAAAUGCUAGAAUUUGGAAGUUUUACU